AUGCAAUAACCAGAUUUUUCUGAUUGUAAGGAAUACUCCUUAGAAGAAAUGAAGAAUUUCUAAAAUGAAGAAGAUAUACAGAAACUCACUCAAAUUUAAAAAGAGUUGCAUUUAUUAAAGGAUGUUUAAAAUGAAAUCGAUUUACUUGUUUCAAAAAAUGAAGAUCCAUUAGAUAUAAUUUCAGAUUAAACUCAAAAAUCAAGCACAAAUGUUAAUAAUAUAAAAAAAUCAACAGAAUAGGCCUUAGAUGAUACAUUAAAUCUGUAUUUAUUUAUUUAAAAAUUCUAAAUAGAAGAAGCACUAAAAUGACUCUUGCAUUCUCAGGAGUUAUUGGAGCAUUUUCAAUGAUUAAAGGAUUUGGACUUACUAUUGGUGCUGUAGUAGGGGGAUAUAUAGGUCGAAAAGCAGGCUAAUUAUCAUAAGGAAAUAUUAAAGAAAAAGCUAGUGAUUGA